CCCCGGGCCGUGAGGGUCCCAGCUCCGUGCUCCCCCCGCACAGCGCCGCGCUCUCUCCGCACCCCGCCCCGCCGCCGCGCCGCGCCGCACCGGCUCGGCUCGGCCCCGCCGCGCUCGCCUGGCCCGCGCUCGGCUCGACCCCGCGCGGCGUGCGACAGUCGACACCCGGAAGUAGACUGGUCCUCAUCGACGGCGUCCGUCUCGUGGUGGAGUGCCCGAGGCCCCGAGGCCCCCGCCGCCGCCGUGGACGUGGGCAAGGCGAUGAGCGACGGGCCCCGCUAUCUGUGCACAGUCCAGUGGGUCGCCGCCACUGGCCGCUGACGCCGCGCCAGUCCGAGUGUGUGUGCGUGACUGUGUGUGUGUGUGUGUGUGUGCGUGUUUGUGUGUGUGCGACAGUCUCCGGGUGCGACAGUGUGCGUCUUCAGUGACGUGAUUAACAGCGAGACUCCGCCGCGCGCCGGCAUGUGAAGGCGCAGCGCUGCAGUCGAGGCCCGCGCAGGGCGCCCCGCGCCGCAUGGGGGCCCCCGUUAGAGCGGCGCCCGCGCUCGCGGCCUGCUGGGCCGUGCUGCUCUGCCUGCUGGCUCCCACCGCCGGCACAGACCUGGACGUGAUCGAGUACGUGAGCGAGGACGGCGUCAUGGCCCGCGCCCUGGUCGGCAGCCUGCGGACCCUGGUGGCGGCGGGCGCCCCGGACCCCCCGGUGGCGCGGGCCAGCACCGCCAAGGGGAGCAAGAAGAAGGUGGCGUCGUGGACGCCGGGGAACGAGGUGCCUCUGCCCGAGUUCCCGCCGCCCUCCAUCGAGACCAUCCGCGCGCACUUCGCCACCCCCAACGGCACCGUCAUCGUGGCCCAGACGGCCGCCACCGCUACGCUGCCGUGCGUCGUCAGGAAGCCCAACCUCGGCGCGAUCACCUGGACCCGCAAGACUGACUACCACCUGCUGACCGUGGGGCUCACCACGUACACCGUGGACCAGCGCUUCAUCGUGGAGCACGUACGGCAUCAGCAGGCCUGGAACCUACAAAUCAGACAGGCGACCGAGGGGGACGCCGGCCUCUACGAGUGCCAGAUUACUUCUCACCCGCCAGUCAGCGUCUUUAUCGUCCUCAAGGUUAUUGAGGCCCGCGCCGAGGUGGUGGGCGCGCCGGACCUGCACAUCAAGGCCGGGUCGUCGCUGCGGCUCGUCUGCAUGCUCCGGGGCUCGACGGAGACGCCCGCCUUCCUCUUCUGGUACCGCGGCACCAACAUGGUCAACUACGACGCGCACGACGGCAUCUCGGUGCUGACGGGCGAGGGCGCCGAGGAGGCGGCGGGCGCGGGCGCCUACUCGGUGCUGCGCCUGGAGCGCGCCGCGCAGCGCCACGCCGGCAACUACACCUGCGUCCCGGCCAACGCCCGGCCCGCCAGCAUACAGGUCCACGUCAUCAACGACGAGGCUCCCGCGGCCAUGCAGCGGGGCAGCGGGGGCAAGGUCCUACUGAGCCCGCUCUGGGUCCUGCUGCUGUCCGCCACCCUGCUCGCCACAGCCUAGGCCGGCCCCGCGGUCAGGGGCCAGGCGCAGGCGCCCCGCCAGGUGCAUUGUGUUCGUUGUCCGAGUGUGAUACUCCACAUAUCACCCGCCAACUGUCUGUCGCUUCAGACAAAAAGACAUCGUCGUCGAAGUCGAAAAGUUUAGAUUAUUAUGAGUAUUCCUGAUAAGUGAAAAUAUGAAUAAAUAACAAAUAUUUGUUUAAUUUAACAGAUUGGGUAAGUUCCCCUGUCAAAGAAUCUGUGUAAUUUUGAAAGUCAGUGUCGGCAUAUUUCUGCAAGCAGUAAAGCCCAGAAAACCAGUGAGUUGAAGCUGAACCACUUUGUCUCGUAUGAAAGCCAUAGUUCUUUAUCAUCCCAAUGUCAGUAUGAUAACUUGAGUCCCCGCACCUCCCCUUAAUGCACAGUAGAUAAGGAGAAUCAGUUUCUUGUUGUUGUUUUUUUUUAAAUCAGUCUCUCAUAUCAAACAAUAAGAUUAAAUGUACAUUUUUGGAGACUACCCAUUAUUAUAUUUUCGAAAUUAUCCCCUCUCUGAUCCCUUCUCAUUAAGUUACGAGCAGAAAAUUGAUUGAAGAUGUGUAAAUGUUUUAGACCCUAGGACUGAACAGUAUUAUUGUAAUUUCUGUGAUUGUGUAUAUAUUAAUGACGGGUGCGUUCUGAGAGUGAAUGAGAAAAUAAAUAAGUAAUAGACAA